CGGCUCACCCGCCUGCCUACAAAACCCGGCUCCGCUCCCACCUGGACUCGCACCGAUUUCUCCUCCCUCCUCUCCAUCCUUAACCAGGAAGAUAUCAUCGGCGUCGGCAUCGCGUAGAUAGAUAGAUAGCGCCACCGGAAAGUUGCUUUUGCUGCUGCUGCUAUAUAUCUCUUGCGGCCUGUGGCAUCGUGGAGGAGGAUCAAUUGCCGCUGGCUUAAGGAAGGAAGAGCUGAAUUGGUUAUCCGGCGAGUCAUCCAGGGAGCUAGGCCAAGGAUAUAUACGUACAUGGAGGCGCCGGCGGCCAGAGGAGGAGGAGCGGUGGCGUCCGUGGUGGUGGUGGUGGUGGUGAUGGCGAUGGCGGCGGCGACGGCGCGGGCGCAGCUGCAGGUCGGGUACUACGACACGCUGUGCCCGGCGGCGGAGAUCAUCGUGCAGCAGGAGGUCAGCAAGGGGGUGUCCGGCAGCCCCGGCACCGCCGCCGGCCUCCUCCGGCUCCACUUCCACGACUGCUUCGUCAGGGGUUGCGACGGGUCGGUGCUGGUGGACUCGACGGCGGGGAACCAGGCGGAGAAGGACGCGCCGCCCAACUCGAGCCUGCGGGGGUUCGAGGUGAUCGACGCGGCCAAGACGCGGCUGGAGCAGGCCUGCUACGGCGUCGUCUCCUGCGCCGACGUGCUCGCCUUCGCCGCCAGAGACGCCCUCGCCCUGGUUGGCGGCAACUCGUACCAGGUGCCGGCGGGCCGACGAGACGGCAACGUCUCGGUGGCCGGGGAGACCAACGGGAACCUGCCGCCGCCGACCGCCAACGUGAACCAGCUCAACCAGAUCUUCGGCUCCAAAGGCCUCACCCAGGCCCAGAUGGUCGCGCUCUCAGGGGCGCACACGGUGGGGAUGGCGCAGUGCAGCUCCUUCAGCAGCCGGCUCUACUCGUACGGGACCAGCGGCGGGAAGGACCCCAGCAUGGACCCGACCUACCUGGCCACGCUCAGCACGCAGUGCCCGCAGUCCGGAGCCAGCCAGCCCGUCGCCAUGGACCCCGUCACCCCCAACACCUUCGACACCAACUACUACGCCAACGUCGCCGCCAACCGCGGCCUGCUCGCCUCCGACCAGGCGCUGCUCGCCGACAACAGCACCGCCGCCCAGGUCCUCGGCUACACCACCAACCCCGGCACCUUCCAGACCGACUUCGCCAACGCCAUGGUCGCCAUGGGCGCCAUCGGCGUGCUCACCGGCAACACCGGCACCAUCAGGACAAACUGCAGGGUCGUCGGCUGAUCGAUCGAGCGUGUGAUUGAACUGAAUUGUACUAUGGAGUAGAUAGGUAUAGUGUACUGUAAACUGUUUGGUCGAUCUGUACUCGCUAGCUCUUAGCUUAGCUUAGCCCCACCGUCCUCUCUCUUUUCUCCUUGAUCUUGCAUACUGUACUUUCUUUCACUGCUUGUGUUCCCUUAGCCUCUGUAUGUAUUAUCUAGUUGGAACUGUAUGUAAUGACAUGAUCACAUGAUUGGGUUGGGUACCAAUGUACCCAUGGUGCUUAAUAAAAAGCUACUACAGACA